AUGGUAAAAUUGGUUUUCGACAUUCAAUAUUUCCAGAGGUUGACCGUGAAAACCCAUUUGCCAUCUGUGAUGUACAAGAGGAAGAGCACUCCAAAACCAAAGAACUGUGAACUUCAUUCGACUAUUAACUACAUCAGCCAAAAUGGAUGCCAGAGUAAAGUACCAGUUAACGUAACAUCUUGCCAGGGAAGUUGUGGCACGUACUCUAUGUACUCUGCUGAAGCCAACAAGAUGGAACAUACCUGCUCAUGUUGUCAAGAGAUCAAAACUCACAAUGAAACUGUAGUUUUGGUCUGUCCUGAUGGAACUACAGUUAACUAUUCCUAUAUCUUUGUCGACAAAUGUGAAUGCCAGGGUACAUCAUGUGACGAUCUCUACAGCGAUAACUCAUUCAACAAGAAAACGACAAAAGAACUUGAAAAGAGAAGGAGAAAUGUGGGAGUAGAGGCAGAGAACACGAUAUUUACUGAGUUUGUAGAUGAAGAUGAGAUGUUUGUUUUUAGAGCCAAGGGAUCUGCUAGUGUUGUAGCAAUGGAGAAUGUUGUUGAGGGCAGGGCAAGCAGGGAAUUUUAUAUUAAGUUGUGUGUUGUAAUUAGUUGA